AUGUACCUUGAUUUACAAGACUCGUUCACCCUGCAAGCAGAUAAAACAGUAUGUUUGACCUACCAAUCAUCACUCUUAGGCAAAGCCAUCCACAGGAAGGGGAUGAUCACAUGGGACGAUUCUGUCGUAGAUUUCACUACGACGUCUGCCGAGUCCAUCUUUUGGAGGUACCAAGCUGUUGGAUAUCAGCAUCUCAUCACUGUGCAUGCCGUGCGACGCAACUCGUUCCCAUCGGGCGGUUCUAGAGAAGACUCUGAAAUACCUACUUCAAAUAAGGUUCAUUUUCCGUUGGAUAUGGCUGGAAGUUCUGAAGAGACUUUCGCUAUGUUCAUGACGAACGCUGAGGAUGGCGUCUGCGAGGAACAGGGAAGCGCCCAAAGCACUUGA